AUGGCUAUCAAUCUAAACAUCAUAAUGUUGGGUUUAGUUGUGUUUCUUCUUGUACAAAGCAAAGCUCAGAUUGGUGUAACUGCAAUUGAGGCUCCAACUCCAUCUCCGGCUCCGGCUCCGGCUCCAGCAAAUCCAACAACUAAGAAAACUCCAUCAAGUCCUACAACUCCAACAACCCCGGUGACUCCAUCAACUCCAAUAACCCCGGUGACUCCAUCAACUCCAGCGGCUCCGGACACUCCAGCAACUCCUACAACUCCAUCAGCUCCAGUGACUCCAGCAACUCCUACUCCGGCGACUCCCGAUCCAGCACAUGGCACCACAGAAGGCAGUCUUAAACCAGAAGAAUGUGCUCCUAGAUGUGAAGAUAGAUGCGCAAAAACACAUCACAAAAAGCCAUGUUUGUACUAUUGUAAGUACUGUUGUGCCAAAUGCCUGUGUGUACCUCCAGGAACUUAUGGAAACAAAGAAGUAUGUCCAUGCUAUAAUGACUGGAAGAAUAGAGAUGGAGGACCCAAAUGUCCUUGA